CCUACGUCGCGCUGUAUUUUGUAAACUUUAUCAAUGUUAUUUAAUUUAUUUAUCACUUAUAGCACGUAUUGCUGUUUUAUUUACUCAUUACGAUAUCGUGCUCAAUUUACAAUCGAUCAACAUCGGUGCUAAUGCUCUGAAACUCAAAUAUCGAUAGUAUAAAGUUACGUUUCAUUGUUAAGUAUUUAAGCUAUAGAAAAUGUGUUCAAAUCGUCCAUACAAGGUGUGCUACUGCUAGGUGCGUCAUUGUUGGGUGUUCAGGCAGCUAUUUAUAACAUAAGCUGCUCCAAUUUCAUCUAGAACAAAAUGGAAACUCUGCACAAAACAGACAUAAUCAACACCCGACGUGACAACAUGAACAACGAAGUGUCCUCGACGUCCAGUGACGACAGCAGCGCAGUCGCCACCGUCAAGCUCACCAGAUACUACAAACACAAUAAUGAGUCGACCAUGUCCGACAAUGAGACCGGACACAGACCCCGCCUGCAGCCCCGGAGCCACCACAAAAGCAUGGGCAACAUACACGACAUCAGAGACAACGUCACCAUGGUACAAAAUAGCUUAAGCAACAUAGACCUAAGUUUGCACCGAGACGAAAUAAAGAAAUUUGACUCGCUACAAAUACCCAUAGUUGGUUACGAAGUCAUGGAAGAACGAGCUAGGUUCACUAUCUACAAGUUGAAGGUAGAGGAUGACAAGCGGGACCAAUCUUGGCUAGUAUUCAGAAGGUACACAGACUUUGUCAGGUUAUAUUCUAGAAUAAAAGCGGAGCAGCCUAACAUAAUGCUUCCUUUGCCCGGCAAGCGAUGGUUUAGAGACAACUUUGAUUCAGCAUUUUUGGAAGAGAGGGUGCGAGGAUUGCAAGUGUUUGUGAACGCUAUACUUAAGAAGCUGCCGAAUCAUCCGAUUGUGAGGGAGUUUUUUUGUCUGGAUGAGCCUCCGCAGGUAUUCAGUUACCAACCGGAGGUGCAGGCUGUGUAUGGAGCCCUGGAGGACUCUAUAAUGAUGCUGAAGAUGCAGUUGAAGCAAAAGGAUGCGACUAUAAUGCAUUUACAGAAGCGCGUAGCACAGUUGGAGUCGCAAGUUAAGAACUGUGCCAGUUGUAGUACAAAUGUCAAUAAUAAUAGUAUGUAACCGUGCCCGUAGCGCCCUUAACUGCUACACAUUUAAUGUAAAUUAGAAAAUAUUCAAACAGGGUUUCGAUAUAUCGAUACGUAUAUAAGCCACAAAUGUUUUAAAUAUGAUAAUGAAAAGGUACUAUACAGCGUGUUUUUUUUUGUUUUCUGUUAAAUUUGACACGUUGUUGGGAAUUUUAUCGUUAUUAGGAAUGUAUAACACUUUUAAUUCAAUUCGCAAAAAAAAUGUUUUCAUCGUUUUCAUACAUGAUAAAUGAAUUAAUCAGUGUGAGAGAUCCUUAAGGAUAACAUUCAAGAUACUGUCAAGUGAUGCACAUGUGAAAACAAAUAACAUUAGGAAGUGGUAACCACACGUUCAGUAAUUAUGUAUUUUUAUUUUUUUAAUAA